AGUUCACAUCAACUGCAAUAGUGGUGGAGUCUCACGACUGAACUGGAUGAGGAGCGUAGGGAAUCAAAUGGGUUGUUCUUCAGUUGCCAAAAUGGGAUAUUUCCAGACCAGGGUUUUGGAUUUCUGACUUGAUAAUAUAAGCACAGUGCAACUAUUUCAGGAAUCCUGGAGGUUUUUGUUUGUUUUUAUUCACUCGUGAGAUAUGAAUGUUAUUGGCUGGGGUAGAUUUAUUUCCCAUCCUUGGUUGCUCGUUAGAGGACGGUGGUAAGCUGGCUUCUUGAACUGCUACAGUCCAUGUGGUAUAGGUGGGCCACAAUACUGUUAAGGAGUGAGUUCCAACAUUUUCUAGUGAUGCCGAAGGAACAGUGAUAUAUUUCCAAAUCGGGUUAAUGUGUGGUUUGGAAGGGAACCUGCAGGCAGUGGUGUUCCCAUGUCUAUGCUACCCUUGAUCUCCAAACCAUUCCUGCGGUCUAUAGCCAUUGUAAAUAAUCUGAUUUCUGGCUGUUAUAUUUUCCAUCCUCCUCCCAGUCUCUGGAGUCUCACACCACAUACGUUUUGGUCCAAUAUCCUAGUUUAAUGAGUAUUUUAUUUAAAACACCCUUAUUUUGCUUCCUAACAUUUUUCUCUAGGGUUGCAAUUUUCAUUUGCUCUUUAAUAACUCUGUGGGAUUAUGGGGAAACAGUCUGACUUUGUGUGCGAGCCUCUAUGCAUAAUGUUGAGCUGUUCCACAUCACUGCCCUGUUGCCACACGAGCGGUUCAUUUCCAAUGACGACCAUUGGUGAUCAGACACACCCUCAUCUCUGUUCAACGAUAUCAGAGAUAAUGGGAACUGCAGACGCUGGAGAAUCUGAGAUAACAAAGUGUGGGGCUGGAUGAACACAGCAGGCCAAGCAGCAUCUUGGGAGCACAAAAGCUGACGUUUCGGGCCUAGACCCUUCAUGGAGAAUUACAGAUCCAGGUCAGUGUCCUGUCUCUCUCUGGGGUAGACUGUCGUAUUUCAGGGAGUGGCUGUUGAACAAAUUUCGGCUUGAUGAGGAGCAUUGGUGAAAGGCACCUUGAUGCAUGUGUGCGAGUGGGUUUUGAAACCUCUUGUUUGUCAACUACCUGCUACCACCACUGCUGCCAAAAUUACUGCAGGGGAGUGACGCUACUCAGAAAUAUAUCAAACUGCAGAUAAUAGCAAGACAACUGUGCAUUUGCCAUUAACAGCUGUGAUAUUAGUGUAUUUUGAAGGUGUGGUGUAUCUGCUUGCUAAUAACAUUUGAGCUGUUUUGCAUAUUACAUAACAAAGGUGCUCCUCACUUUUAACUUGCCUUUUUUAGUGCCUUAAUUGAGGAAUGAAGCUGUUACUAGUGUAAAGUGUGCCUUUCAUGAAAUUGACCCACUCAACAAAGUAGAGCAAUUAGACUCCGAUUCUACCUUGUCUCACUGCACAGCAAAACCAUUAAAUGCAAGAGACAUUUACCAACAAUUCAAAAUGAUGGCUUAAGUGUUACAUGCCGGUGGUGAGCACUCUUCGUUGGAGAGAGAGGUGUUAAGUGUGUAUAUCUGUAUAUUCCCAUCUCAGUCUGACAGAUGUUUCUCCUAUGCUUUCUUGUAAAAUGCGGAAAUAACAACAACUUGUAUUUACAUAGCACCUUUGUAAGGACCAAAUCAUCAUCUUGGCGCUUCACAGGAGCGAUCAGCCAAAGAAAAGGUUGACACCGAACCACGCCAUGUGAUACUGGGACAAGGAUCGAGUUUGGACUUGGUGUUAAGGAGCUUCGUAAAGGAAGAGAGAAAGAUUGAGCGAGUUUCAGAGCUAAAGGCACUUCACAGUGCCACCAGUGGUGAAAAUCUACUUUAUUCAAUAGCGAACUUGUUUGUUCGUAUGAGUAUUAACCGAAUCAAGGGUCGGGAAGGAAAGUGAAGUUGAGGUAAGAAGAUGAGCUGCAUUCAAAUUGGAUGGCUAAGCAGAGUGGAGGAUGAUGUGGUUCCAUUCCUUUAUUCGUGGAAUGUGGGGCAUCUCCGUUCCACCUUUCUAAGAGGGUGGUGAGUGAAACUUUUUUUUGUGUGACACAGCGGCCACUUCACAAGGCAAAUGAAAAGUCGGCAGUUGACUGGAGUCCAAAUAAUGCCGACCAAAGGAAGGGCAUUUCCGUUUCCAAAAAAACAUUUUGUGAACUAGAAAUAGUUUUAGAAUAUUCUAGUCAUUUCACAGUCACUGUUACUGGUGCCAGCUUUUUAUUUUCAAACUUAUUCAUCUAAAUUCCUCUUACUGUAAUGGGAUUCAAGUAGCUGUCUCUGGGUUACUAGUCCAAUGACGGAGCAAUUAUGUUGCUGUUCCUGUGUGCUUUAAGCUUUUCACUUAUUCAGUGUUUUUGUCUUCUGAGGGAGUUUUGUUUAGUUCGAGGCAUUAAAAUCGUGAAAUAUUUUGACAGAGGAUAUGAGGAUGGGCUGUUGCUUGUAGCUGAAGUCUCAGUCGCCAAAACGCACAACUUUAAGGUAAUUGACGAACAAAACCACAGACGAGAUGUGGGGAAUAUGUUUAUGUUGUUUCAAUCUGGACUGCAUUGCCUGAAAGAUGAUGGAAGUUUCGAAGUUUCAAAAUGGAAUUGGGUAAGUGCUCCGAUGAAGAGUUUCCUAAGACUAUAUGGGGAAAGCAGGUGUAAUCUGGAUAGCUCUAGCAGGACACUAGUGUGGAAUUCCAGUGGAUUGAAUUGCCUUCUCCUUUGCUGCUAUACUAUGGAUCUAUAAAGAUGACUUCCAAGCUCAUCAGAUGUGAAGUGUCCAAAUCAUUCCUUAACCAAUUCCACACCAUCUGAAGGUUCUGGAGAGGCUGCACUCUUAUAAGCUAAUUUCAUUGCAGAACAAUCACCAUUUGACUGAUUUGCUCCGAAGCCAAGUUAGACAACAGUGUUAUCAAAAUAAGUCUGCAGAAUAGCACAGUUAGUACUCCAGAAUAGUGAUUGCCGUGAUCUGAUUUCAAUCUCUUAUGUCAGUCUUAAAUAGUCCAAAUGAUUGUUUAGUAAUUCUCUGCUGUACUCGUUUACCUUCUAAGGAUGCUUUAGCAAAAAAUCUCGAAUUCUGAAUAUGGUAGCCCUACUGAUGUUUAGCUUCACCCCAGAUGGGGGUUGCCCUGGACCCCCGAGAACUGAAACAUCUAUCUGCAGCACAGUGCCGAGAGCAAUCUGGCGGAAGUGUCAAAGAGGCAUGAAGAAAAUAGUUUUUAAAUAAAUGUUUAGUUGUAAACUUGUCAGAGUGAUGUAGCGAUUUAAAGGUUGUUUCACCAAUGACAGGAAGCAUCCAAUGAGAGUCUUUUGCUGACAAGAGUGCAGGACGCAGCAAGGAUGGGUGUGUCAGGUGACAAGUGGCUGGAUUACAAGGUUGGAUGGUGGGGUGGGAGUUGAUGAUUAAGCGUUACACACUAAAUCUUCCAGAUACAUGCCCCACCGGAGUUGACAUCAGCCACACCCAUACUCCUGCCCAGUGGUUUGUACGAGGCUAGGGAUUUUACCUGCUAACUAUAGGUUUUAUACAGGGUUUUUGCACUUUAAAUUCUUGUGUGUGUUUAUUUGUGUGCGCGGUUAUUUAAGCACAGAAUAUUAAGUAUCGCAGACUGGAUUCUAGCUUCACUGCCAAAAACUGGCUCUGGGCCUAUUUGCAUUCUUAAUUUGGGUGUUGAUGGGCACACCCAAAAAAUUUCCACCGGCCCACCAAUGGAUUAAGGGGACUUGCUAGUUUUGCAUGCUUCGUGUACUCUUAUAUUUUUGCCUGACACGUCAUAGUGAAAGUUAAAAUAGCCCAUGUUUGUGACUGGUGAGGGGGGUGUGGCUAGAGGAGAGGAAUUAAAAAUAAUGAUGUGAGACUAGAAACAAUCAAGAAUGAAACUGGAUGCAAAUUUUUAUUAAUAAAACUGUCUGGCUACGUGCCACUUGUUCAUGGGGCUUGAAUGUCUAUUGUGAUAAUCAAAUUGUUCACACCUCCCAAACACAGGGGGAUACUGUUCUUUCACUUUUGAAACUGCACACGUCAAUAACAAUGUCUCAGUUUUUAAUAACUCCAGAGAUGAGAACUUUGGCUGGCCCUGCCAGUGAUGUUCACCUCCUGUGAAACAUUAAAAGAAAAAUGAACUGGGUGCUGCAAAUUCCAAACCUCGGCUGCCACUCGUGUGUAGCUGUGUUGGAGGUCCUGGCAUUCAGCAUCAGCAUCAACAAGAUACAGUUAUUAACAGUACAAUGUGGGGGAGAAUCAGAGCUAGGCAGCCAAGAUAAUGGGCCGGCAUUGAAGAAAUCAAAUGCUGCCAGAUGGAACAGACUUGGCCGUAAAUAAUUUUCUUUCUGAUCAUCCGUGAUUGCCGAACUCCUCCUGUCCUUGGGGAGUUUUGACCAACUCGUUUUGCCGUAGAAAGUGUUUUCGUGCCAACUGAUUUUGAGUGUCUGCCACAUUUUGUCCCUGUUUUGAGGCACCAACUUAGGUUCGGUCAUGCCACAGCCCAAUGUUAGUGGGAUGGAACCUGCCUUCGGAGAUGCUUUUCGAAGUUGCUGCCUCUACUCAUCCCUGGACCAGACUGUUGCCAGCCCAGACAGCAGUCCAAACUCUGGCUUCCUGUAUGAGCAGGAACGUCAACUGGCUUAUACAAAUAGCUCCAGAAAUGAUCUGCUAAGUCUGAAUUUGUACAGGAGUCCUGUGAAAGAGAAUAUAGAGCUGUUGAGUGACUUGGUGGAUGAUGAACCAUCUGACAGCAACAGAUGUGAGCGAUGGGAUAUAUCAGCUUUAGAAGACUUUACGAAGUACGCCAAAGUGGAUCUUUGGAAUGACAAGGAGUUGGACUUGUUGGGUUUGGACGAGCACGCAAGUCCUUAUCAAAAUGAAGCCGAGAUCUUGCGAACACCAACGUUAGCUGAGCUGAACGCUGAUGACUCGCAGCUUGUUACUGACUCUUGGUGUCUCCUUCGACCUGUGAAGGAGGCUUCCCCAUUCUCUGGUAAACCUGACAGUCUCUGCAGAACUGCAGGACAUCCUAAAAAAGGUAACAGCAUGGAUCCUUUAAUGGACUCUGACUUCCAGGCAGAGAGCACUGUGUUCCUUCAGAAGGGGGAAGACCAGCAAGGCCAUUUGAGAAGCAGCAGGUCCUGUGUCAAUGCAGCGAACAUCAGAAAUCCCGAAAUACCGUCGAACUCCGGAAACAAUGACCUCAGUGACCAAACCAGCAACUGCACAGCAUCUGUAGAUUCUGCAUCAAACUCAGAAGAAGGAGCACUUCAUAACAAAAUAGGGUCAAGUUCUUGGAAGCAUCAAAGACGGCUAGCGACCACUGAGCUGGGGGAUAUGGGUGCAGAGAAACCUGAUUUCAAUAAGGGGGAUGGUCAUGUGUGUACCCACCUAACUGCAUUUCCCAUCUGGUCUGCCCAGCAGGCAAGUGAGGGGCAAAGUCCUGAAGCUGGCAUUGAACUGAAGAACCAGGAACAUAACUACUCUCUCUUCAGCGCUGAAGGUCUGGGAUUGCACGCGAAUGAAGAGAGGCUGGAGCCAGAAAAUGGUUCGGACAGUGAGCAGGAUGACAGUGAGAAUGAAGACGAUGAGGAGGAAGAUGAUGAUGAAGAUAAAGACGACUUCAGCGACUACCUUUCCGAAGCUGGAAACGAGCACGAGACGUCUGCUGAUGUCACGUCGGAGGUGGGAGGCAGGCGGUUGAAGCGUCGGUAUUUUUGGGAGUACAGCGACAGCCACACCACGCCCAGCAAACAAGAACGGACCCUGCAGCCGUCAGAGUGGGACUGCUCCACGUUACCGAGUAAUGUCUAUCAGAAGGAGAAUGGCGUCGGGCAAGGACGCAGAAUAGCGAAAAAAUCCCGGCGCACAGAUGUGGAUGACUUGACACCUAACCCAAGAAAACUGCUCCACAUCGGAGACGAGCUGAAGAAGCUCAACAAGGUAAUUGAUGACCUGACACCAGUGAACGAGCUGCCAGUGAACGCCAGACCACGGUCCAGAAAGGAGAAAAAUAAACUGGCUUCUAGGGCCUGUAGACUAAAGAAGAAAGCACAACAUGAGGCCAACAAAAUCAAGCUGUGGGGUCUAAACACUGAGCACGAUAACUUGCUGAAAGUGAUUAUUGCCAUCAAACGGCAGAUUAUGCAGCGAGUGGAGAGCAGUAAUCGAGCUGAAGAAGAGAGUAUGACAGAAAAACUGGAGAAACUGAUGAAAGAUACAAUCGGCUGCUCUGUGGCAGGUCAAACAUCGGAGUUUGUGAACGAGGUUCUGGAGAAGGUGUCAGCUGGAGAAUCAGCUGCGGGACUGAGCUGACUGUCACGAUGGUCAUCCUUGAUUCGAAACCUCUCCUUGAUGACGGGAUGUUGUUAAACAGGAGGAAAGGGGGAAAGCAAACAGAAAAGAAGUCACUAUUUCUGCAGCACCCUUACGCUACCUGUAAUUUUGUUUUUUUUUUGGUGUUUGGCAGGGUGAAGGGAUUUGGGGAAGAGUUUGACAUCCUCUCCCGAAUCCCUGUCUUCACCCACUUCAUCACUGCUCCCUGCUCUGGCCACCCUGUGCCCCUUGAUGUCGACAUGCCUGGGAGAUACGUUGUGUGCCAAUUUGUGUCCUUGGGGAAUGACCCCUGGGCAAUUAUAGGGUGCUUAAGCUCAUAGCAGUAAGGGGCACGAAUAAAUGUCAGCAAUUUGGUAAGAAUAGCAGAUCGAGCUGCUUUAAUUUUCUUUUUGCCUUGCAACAAGUGAUUGAGGCAAGAGGGCACAGGGAGCUGGCACAUUGGUUGCUGGGUCAAACUCGAGGGAGACUUUGGUUGCUUCAGAACAAUUCUGAUGGUGGGUGAGCAUGACCCUCUGAAAUGAUCCAGCCUCCACUGAACUCUCAUGAUUCAUUUUCCAGCUAUUAGCUUCCUUUUUUUAUUUAAGGAGAACGUUUGACCUCAGAGUGAGUGUAAUGUUUUAUAUGCCUCUACACCCCAUCAGCCCACACCUCCGUCUACCCCCAACACCAAAACAAAAACACACCGUCCUGGAAGAUCAGGAGUGUAGUGGUGUUUCCAUGGGAAGAUUUCGGUGACUGAGGGCAAGUCAACUUGUGGGCGUGGUGUGGAGGUGUUAGGAUUUGGGGAAGGAGUGCUGGAAUAUUGGUUGCCUUGGUGACACAGUGAAAGUGGCGCAUGGUCAAGGAAGGUCCGGUGAUUUAUCGCAGAUGCUUUUGAAUGUAGAACUUACAACUUGACCAGAUUUAUUCAAUGGAUACUGUGAAUCGGGAAUUGGGUGGCUCCCUGUAGUUCCUGUGAUUUAAUGUUUUAUAAAUAAUGAGCACUUUAACUUUACAGACAGACACAAAAAGAGAAAUCACUUUUACAGGUGUUGGGUGACAGACUUUAUUUUUUUUCUCAGAGUGGGGUUAGGGUUGGGAUUAGGGGGAGAAUUUCCAAAUAAGGUUUAGCUACUGACAGUUAAUAUAGUCCUAUCUGUGAGAGAUGGUGAGCCGCAGAUCUGGGGACUAGACAUGAGGUAUUCUUGAGGACAGUAAUGAAUGUGCAUCUUGCAACAAAAUUCUCCUUGACUGCAGUUUUGGAUUUUUUUUUGGCUUUGUUUUCUUCAGGAAAACGAAGAGUUGACUGACAUUGAGGUCAGGCUGGAGAAAGAUGUCCCACAUCAGAUGGGACUUGCCCCUGUUUUCAAAAUCUUUGUUCUAUAUUUAAACAGCCUCCCAUGCUUUGGAACCAGUCCUGUGCUCCUGCUAUGAUGGAAUUGGAACUCAACAAGCCACAAGAAUGGCUCUCCAUUCAUCAGGCUGAGGGGAAGGAAAACAGACCUGGGUUAGAUAUCCCUGGUGGAGGAAUAACUCACCCGCUCUCUAGGACCAGCUCCCCUCUUCAGUAAUUGCCAUUUCGACUUUGGAAGCAGAGAGGGCAACUGAUACAUACAAAUCCCACCAAGCACCGAGUUGAUUCCCUGAGCUAGAGGACAGGUGAAGACCAGGAAGGCAAAGACAAAUCUGAAUGGGGUGCAGUUGUUUCUCAAAGUUGUUAUUCCCGAUGCUGCUGUUUUCUGGUGGGUAAAGAUCGGGAGACCAUGCCUAGCCAGAGGAACUUUGGCAAUGGACAGAUACAGGCAGACUUGUCUGUUGUUACAGAAGUGAUUUUUGGCGGUUGCGGUGGAAUGGCUUUGCCUGCUACCUGGACAGCUCUGUACGAGCCCCAAGAUAUCCCUUGGGAAGACCCUCUGUAUCCACCAUCAAUGGUAUCUCGCUGGGGGUGGCAGUCAACCUAUCUCAGCUAUGGGUAAGGUGUACCCUCAGACCCACCAGUCAAUCAAAAGCCUGUAGCUUUAUUGAACUGACUGCUCCUGGGGAGCUGGAAAGAGAAGGUUCAGCAGCAAAAAGUGGGGACAGAUUUCACCCCGCCCCUGCACAUGAUUGGAGAUUGCAGGCAAUUGGAAAAGAACCUACUUGCAACAGCAUUCAAACAAUAUUGGGCUGUGUCUCUGGUUCAAACUGUCUCCUCUUCCCCAGCUCUGAAAUUCAGCACUAAGUUUGAAGGAAACCAGCUGCAGUACAUUACUGGUGGCUAGAAGAGGAGUGGAGGUCGGGAGGGUGCAGGAAGGCCAAAGGCUAAGAAAGAAAAUUCUCCACAAAAGCCUUAAGCACGGGCAAAAUACUGUGGGUGCUGGCAAUCUGAAACAAACGCAACAGAGAAAGCUGGAGAAACUCAGCAGAUCUGGUGGUGUCUAUGGAGAGAGAAACUGAACUAACAUUUCAAGUCUGAUGCUGGAGUUCUGAAGAAGAGUCCAUUCAGAUUUGAAGCAUUAACUCUGGUUUCCCACAGGUGCUGCCAGACCUACUGAUUCUUUUUCCAGCACUUACUGAAUUUAUUAAAACAAUUACCUUCCCUCCUGCCUCACUGGGCAACAUUUCUUCAUAAGAAGAGCAUUAUUUUUUUGUCCCCAAGAUAAAACAUUGCCAUGUUCUCUGGCCUUCAGAGAGAAGGGCCCAGUUGAAGCCUGAUUCUACGCUGUUUGUAAUGUCAUCGGCCUCUCAGGGUGAUCAGUGUGAACUCUCUCUGACAUGUUUUUAACACCAUAGGCCACAUUCUGGUGAAGCCCUUCAAAUCUGAUCCCGAAAACAGGAAAGCCUCCUUUUCACUUACCGGCAAGAAUGCAAACCAGUCCAGUCACAGCCAGUCUAAAAAUCACAUGAAGACUCUUGUGGCGCAGUUGUAAUGUCCCCUCCUCUAGGCUAGGAGGAAUGUGUUCGAGUCCCAUUUGCUCCAAAAAUGUGCAAUAAAAUCUCCAAACAGAUUGAUUAGAAAAUCUCAAAAUCAUACAUCCUCCUGUUAUGCCCAACCCCUCCAUCUUUUUCCAUCAUUUCCCUCCUUCUCCCUUCCACACCACCUCGCCUCCUUCCACAUUUCAUUGCUGAGUCAAUAACCCAUACCCUCACCCUCACCCUCCUUUCUCUUGUUCCCUUGCCAAAUCCCCUUCAACUUGAUCCAUGCCCCACCUUUGCCCCCUUUCUAAUCCCCUUACUCUAUAACCGUUUCCCUUCACUAUCCUUAACCCAGGACUUGCCAUGUGCCCUCUCAAUCAUUCUCUUUUUUCUUCACUACUUCUUAUCUGUCUCCCUCUUGCCCCAUCUCUCUCUGUCUCUGUGUCUGUCUGUCUCUCUCUCUCUCUCUCUUUCGUACCCUCCCUAUCCCUUGUCUCAUCUCUGUCCCUCUUUACCUGUCUCCCCAUACCCUUUCGUUCUGUCUUUCUGUUUCUCCAGUUGCUUCUCUCUCUCUCUCGCCUCCACCUUUGCACCCGUCCCCCGUCUCCCCAUGAGCUCUCACUAGCUAUGCUCACUUGCACUCUCUCUCACUCACUCACUCUGUCAUCCGUUGUCCUUGCCCAGCCCUUAUCUAGACUUUGCAAUCUCGAAAUGCGAAAGGGCUGUGUGAAAUCCUUGAAUGAGAUUGCCCCCGUACCCAUAUUGCUGUAAUUUACAUUGGAAUUGGUUCACUUCCCAUUCUCUGAACUUAAUAAAUUGCCACAUUCUUAGCCCAGCUCCGCAUACAAGCUCCAAUGGCCACCUGAACAAUGAAACGUGACUGUAAAUUGCAAACAAAGGUUAAGGGAAGGAACAAGAGAAAUGGAAGUGACAAAGUUACACUCUUCUGCCCCAGGGCUGAUUGAGGGGAAAUCUACUUCAAAAGUCAGUGAGGCAAGAAAGUACGUUAUCAAGGGAAUUCCUCCACUUGAGUACUGCACUGGGCAAAAGUGAGGGACAGUGAUCUCAGUAAUUAGAUCUUCCUGAGUGUCUGUUAGAAGGGUUUUCAUUGUGUAACCUCCAUUCCUGAUAUGGUGUAAGUGGGACGAAGAUUAAAGAAUAAAUCUCCUCUUGUUCCCAUUCCAUCAUAGCACGUCUGUGACUCUGUAUGAGAUCCUUUAACUUCACAAUGACAAUAUAUCCUGGCCACCAGGUUCAUGCUUUAAUGAGAAUGUAGUGCAAGUUUCAAGUUGUUUCUUUUUUAAAUUGGAACUUUGUUUUUUAAAUAUUUGUUAGUCUAUGGCUCCCAACUGGCUCUUAGUGACAGCACUGAAGGCAGUUAGAGAAUUCCAAUUGAUUUAACAACCCUGUGCAGUUUAAUUAAAAGCAAAAUACUGCAGAUGCCAUAAUCUGAAAUAAAACCUGAGGUGUUGGAAAUACAGCAGAUCUGGCUUUGGAGGGGGAGAAAAAAGAACAUAGUUAACAUUUGAGUUGAAUAUCACAUUCUUCAGAGCUGUGCAUUUUAAGUUGCUUUCUGAAUGCAGUCAAGAAAUUGGAAUAGCUGUUCCACAGACAUUGUAGGCCCACCUUCUGCCGCAAUUCCUUUCCCCAUUCUCUUGCCCUCGUGCUCUCUGUUGCCUUCACUCUCUAUCUCCUGAUCUACCUCUCUCGCUCGCUCUCUCCUGCCCUAUCUCCCUCAUGCCCUCUCUGUCGCUUGCCUACCCCCAUCGCACUCUUGCUGUCCUGCCGUACUUCCCUCGCAGGCUCUCUCUCUUGCCCUACCUCCCUCCCUUGUGCUCUCUCUCUCCUCUCUCUCUCUCUCUCUCCCCCCUGCCGUACCUCCAUCGCUCGCUCUCUUGCUCUAUCUCCCUCCCUCGCUCUCUCUGUCUUGCCAUACCUCCCUCGCGCUCUCUCACCAUGCCUCUCACCCUCGCGCUCUCUCACCAUGCCUCUAUCCCUCGUGCUCUCUCACCCCCUCGUACUCUCUUGCCCUCACUCCCUCUCCCUCCCUACCGCUCUCUCUCUUGCCCUUUCUGAUUCCCAUAUUCACACUUCUGUAUUAAUAUGUAUCCAUUUCCUAUUCCUUUCAAUGCUGUUGUUACCAUGUUGAAGUUAAACCUGCAAAUAUUCACUCGCCUGUGUAUAUUAUCCUGUUGGGUAAAGUGAAAUCCCUGGUGUUGGCUGUUGGUGAAAUUGUUUUUUGAACAGGGAUUACAUUGAAGAGUUAUUGCACUUGAUGUUUCUGAAACCUUAAUGCAGUGAACUCAGUAAAAUACCGAGUGCCAGGAAGUAAAUGGAACCACUGUUCUGACCUGCCGAUUAAUGUCUGAAUGUUUUCCUUGUUUUGUUGUCUAACUAUGAAGCUGCCUUUUUGAGGGAUCGGGCUAGAAUGGGGCAGGGCGUUCUUGAUCACUCGAACCGUGACAGAGCACAAAGAAUUGGGAAACUGGUUUAGCUGAACCUGACUUUGUCUGACCCAUGUACUGUCCCUGGAAUGUCCUAUUGGCAGGAAGCCUAGUUUUGGGAAGGUGGAUGUGGGCUUUCUGAGUUGAAUUGUACUCGAAGGCCUGAAUCCUAACCUUCCAAGGUGUUGAGGAUGGCACUGCCCCCUCUGUAGGGGAUAGGCUUGGGUUGUAACCAGGCUGUUAUGUUUUAUAACUCAAUGGGGCCAAAGCAUUUGGAGAAGCUGAAAAUUUCACUUAUGGAGAAGAAGAAUGUAUUUUAGCAUAUAGUAUUGUCAAGUCUAGAACUUUUUGCUGACUCCGAGCACUUUAUUAAGCAAGUUAUUGUAAUACAUUGCUGAGCUAGAAAUAGUCACAUCCAAAGUUUCAUAGGCUUGGCUUUGAUAUAUUACAAAGUAUAUAGAGAUAUAUAUAAAAAUAAAAAACACAAGGUAUGCCUUUUGAGGGAAGAAGGAGAUUGUCGGCUAUGAACAGAAUGUAAUACUUGAAGUUGAGGUUCUGAAGCUGGCUCUUUCUGUUAUUAACUCAGCACUUGUGUAAAUGGUUUCAAUAAAAGACAAUGGCCAAGCUGUGUGGGGUUUGCAAAUCUUCCCUGUUCCCUGCCAAUGAGAGUCUGGUUUUGGCAGUGAAAGAAGGGUGAGAAACCUAUCUUCUGGCCAAACAGAUUUUUUCCUGUCGGGGUAUGUGUUGAUGGAAAAAUGGGUACGUUCCUUCAGUGCUAGUCUGUUAUUGGGUUUUGUCACCGGUCCCUCAUCAGAAGGUUCCUUCAAGAUAGAAGUUUCCAUCCCUUUUUAGUUUUUGGUAUGCCAUGGUGUUGACAUAGCCUCUGCCUGACUGCUUUGUAUAUCCCCCAGUUAGACAACCCUUUGACAUUACUUCCAGUAGCUCUGUUCUUCUGUGGCCUCCAGGGACGUGUGUAAUUGUCAGAACUCAUUGACAAUCGCCCAAACCCACAUUGUGUGUAUAGAAUGAAGACCAGAGGGCUGCUGUUUUCGGGGUCCAAAUUAAUCCAGUGGAUCAGAUCUCAAAGACCAGAGCCAUGUGCUCCUUUGCUCAAGAUCCUGUAAUCAACAUGCAGAAUAAGGACUGAUGGAACUCCUCAUUUGAAAGUGGUGACUGUGAAGUAGUCACCUUUUGAUGAGACCUGGCACUUGGUUGUAACUCCUCGCCCUGGUGAAUGUUCAACUCAUGGAUACUUACAGCUCUCCUACUCCUCAAUGACCAGCAACACCACCACCUCCCCCACCCAUCAUCAAUUCUUCCCAAUCCAGACCAAAGAUUGAAGAUGGGGACAAACAAUUCUAAAACACUGCACAGUGUUCAGUUGAGUUUGAGUUUGUGGAUGACAAUGAAUGGCUGCCUACUCUCAGGCAGAACAUAGCCCCUGAGUGCUGCCAGUUCAGCAAAACUCCAGUUCACUAAAGUUUCAUUCUGGACGGUGCUUGUGAUGUGGGAUUUGGUGACCAGACAGAUGUCAGAGGCUUGAAGCAACCCUUUCUGCGUGACUGGGAGAGUCUUACGUGACUGAUUGGGAGGUGUGGAGGGUUGAUCUUCGUUUUGAAGUGAUUUUGAUGAAAUGUGAAUUUGGGACUCAUCCAAAGAUCUAAAUCUCCUGCUGAGACCGAUGCAAUCUUGAAUGUGUGCACGCUCCUCAAUAUCCCCUUAUUACACACUCUGUUCCUGGAGGCCAGGGGGAAGGAUCAACAUGUUGAUGUGCCAACUUCAUUGUGCCAAGUAUGGGUAUGAACGCGGAUUUUAUUUUCCUAUGGAAUUAGCUCAGGUCAGGGAGAUGGGUUGGGAUUAGAGAAUGGAUGAAGGGUCGAGGCAUUGGAAGCUGGGUCAAUUCUGCAAGCAUGGAUUUAACCACAGCAAGGAACAGCCGAUCCUGUCUGGUUUCUUACAGAACCAUGUGCUGGAGAGGGAGGAUGAAGGGGAUACAGAAGAUUUGUUUGCUGCCUGCUGCAAUGAUCGAGAAGCAGGUAUCAUCCAACCAUAUUUUCUUUGUGAGAUGGGAACAGGAACCAUUUACAAACCUCAGCAGGUUGGCCAUUUAUUACUGAAAGCUGCUACACUGAUCUUUGCUUGUUAUGCAAGUGUCAUAUGUAUAUACAGAGAUCUUCUUUCUUGUUCCUGGCUAAUAAGUACUGUAAACUACUUUGAAUGUGCAGUAAAUCUGUUGUCAAGAGUCUAUAUUUUAGUAGUUUGGCUAAGCCUGGUCUGAAUUUUCAUCAAAAGGUUGAAAGUGUGCGUGUAUUGUAAAGCAAAUCCGUGUUAAGGUUAGCUACAGCUGGGCUUACUGAGUUGUUGUGGCUGUCUAAUCUUUGUACAAGUUAUCAAAGCACAGAAAUAACUCCCACUUACUUAGGAAGGAAUCUGAAUUAGAGUUGGCCAAGAGCACUUCUUAGCUGAUUCGAGCUGACAUGCCCCUUUCCCUCUGCCCCUCAGAAGCUGAACCUUGCAUUUAUUUUACAAUCUUAGUGGCACGAGCGUGUGAUUCCUGACUUUUGCACUUUAGCCACCCCUCCCCCCACGCACAGUCGUCCCACCAUACACCCAACUGGCAGGGUUGGUAUGACACUUGAAAAGAAGAAAUUGGCCCCCAACUCCGUAAACUUGUUCAAUGCUCCCUUUUUAAAAAUAACUAAAUGACAAAUUGACCUUAAUUGGUUAAACCGUAAUUAAUUUCUGACCUGUUCAGGGCAGUGUACCACGGCACCAGCAAGGAACAUAUCUUGAGGGAUAAGUGAACAUAUUUGAUAAUCACACAUAAGGCUUGUACCAACCAAACUGAGUGUGCGGGAAGGCUCCAGAAGCAAUAUUUGGAUUUUCUUUCCUGGGGUUAAAGUUUGAGUAAAGUCUGUUCUGCUUUACCAGCUAUCAUGUUCUUCAUUCCCUGUCCCGAAUUGCACAGUUGUAUAUUGCUAGUGAUUUGAGGCUCAGCUCACCCGGGACGAACUCCCUCCCCAAAGGGGGAUCACCACCUUCCAGUCCACCUGUGACCUGAUCAUUCAGCAGUUUAAUCUUUCCCUUCUAACAAGUGAGCAUUAAGUUUGUGUCUGCAAGCUAGCCAGAGCUGGAUAUAGUCAAGGACAAAGCAAAUACAUAAGAAAAACAGAAAUCAAAUUUGCCACUACUUUCCACCAAGUGCACCCAAAGGCCAUUAUUUCUGGGCCUCACUGAACCCAAACAAUCCCUUCUGAACAGGGGACAGUUUCCACCUCUGUAUUUUUAUGACUUCUGACUUAUUGUUUCCCUAAAGUGUACAUUGAGUGAGAGAGCAAGAGGUAGGAUGUUUGCUGGUGUUGCUUGAGACACCUGAGCUUGACCCACCCAUCAAUUUUCAUAUUUUUUGGGUGCAGCAGGAGAUGAGCACAUUGCCUCCUUGUCUGUGCUCAGCACCUUCUCACAGUAGUGCAGCUGGAAUAAGAGAAUGUGAUACUGUGGAUGAAGAAAGAGCAGUUGAACUCAGAUCCAUCACUGGAGCUCUGCCGUUUCCCUAGAAGAGGCUUUCUGUAUUCUGGCACCCACUCCCUCUGUGCAAAAUCCAUUAUUUUUGGGUAAAAGUGACAAUUGUUAUUUUGUAACAACACCACAACUCUCUAAGCCUAACUGUGCUGAUGAUGGGAGGAGAACAAGGGUAACUGUAGCUGAGGAUAAAGCACAGUUGUUCCAUAUUGCCUUGAUCAAUAAAAAGUUGGUGGGUCCAACUUGAUGGAAGUUUAUGAUAUAGGUGAUGAGAAUUAUUGACUUGUAAAGAAGCAAGAAUUCUAAAUGGAGUCACUCGAAACCGCUCAAUGUUAAGUGACUGGUACCUUGGAGAAGAUAACUGAGGCAGAGAUCUGAAUUCGAUAAUAUUGAGAAUGAGAUAAACCUAUAAUGGACUUGUCGACAAGUGUGCUGUGAUUUUCAUGAAUUCUUUCAGUGAUGACACUCCACCCCAAUGUUGAUACCUUGCUGUCUUGCCCCGGUACAUGCGGGCUUAGCAACUAAUAUCUGGUAUCUUCCACUCUCUUUUUGAAUGCAGACCUUCCCCCACAUUGUAAUGGAAUUUCACCCAUGUGGUGAAAUUGCUUAGAAUUUGACUGGAGAGAAACGAUUAAAACAAAUGAAAGUUUCCUUCCCUAACUGAUGCAUAAUUUCUGUCUUGGUUUAUUUAGUUGUAUUCAAAGUUGACUCUCUCUUUCUCCCCAGUUUGUAGUUUCUAACUUGUUGAUAAUGUUUAACCUGCUACAGUUUGGUAGAUUCUUCUAAAAGUAGAAGUUGUGCAGUCUUUUGUUUUUAUCUAGGAGGGUGACUGCACAGAGUAGGGAAUAAGAGGGAUGCAAUUUCCUGGCGAUUCUGGAUGGAGUGGGGCCAGUUUUUCACACUGCAUCUCCAUAAGUUUAUUUAUUAGAAAAAGGUGAUCCAGCCAAAGGAAUCGAACUGGUUUCUGAAGCCGUUCUUCCCCCAGAUGAAAAACGUAACUUCAUCAUUCUUCUGCAAUUAUUCCAUCAUAUCUGUGGCUUAUGUGUUGAAAUUAGACACAGUGCUGGGUGGUAAACAAUUAAACAGAUAGUGCUGUAAAAUUGUAUUGUCUUUUUUUCUCUUUUUUACACCUUUUAUCUGUCUCCAAAGGAGUUCGUCAAGAAAUUAGCACAGAUCGAAUUGAUUUCUAGUUGAGGGAUGAAUCUUAGCAAUUGCUAAUGAUGGGAGUUGUUCAUCUGCUGAGUAUUGUUUAACAAAGGGUUUUUGUGGUAAAGCACAUUUUGGUCUCUCUCCAUCUCCCAAACAGUGAUCAUAAAUCAGUCAUGAUUAAUAAAACAGGAUAGUCAACGGAUCAGAGAUGAUUAGAAUCUGGGAUCCCUUGCUGUUAAAUGUUCACCUAUAUUGUAAAUUUUGAGCUGGUUGGAUUCUGAUCGUUUCUGUGUUUAAAACAAAAAGUAUGGUGUCUUUAUUUUUAAGAAGAUUUUAUUUAAAUGUUGUAGUUCAAAUCUGUUGAAGACCCAGCUACUCAUUAGAGCUCGCUAGAAUUUUGCUAUCUAAACAGUCAUUUUCUUGAAAGAUGUUUAAUUUUUUUAUUGUUUGAGACCAUCAAUAAAGCCAAUAAUUUUCUCCAUCUGUC